UCUUCUGCAGGACAGAUUCUGCAUCCCACAUGAACUACGAAAAUCCUCCACCUUACCCUGGCCCAGGCCCGACUGCCCCUUAUCCACCCUAUGCACAGCAACCAGGAGGUCCUCCUGGCCCAUACCCAGGCUAUCCUCCUGGACCUACUGGGCCGUACCAGCCGGGCCAGCCAGGUUAUCAAGGUUAUCCCCAGUAUGGAUGGCAAAAUGCACCUCCGCCUCCAGGACCAACGUAUGCAGAUGGGCCUAAAAACACAGUGUACGUCGUGGAGGAGCGGCGGAGGGACGACACAGGCGAGAGUGCCUGCCUGACGGCGUGCUGGACCGCGCUCUGCUGCUGCUGCCUCUGGGACAUGCUGACCUGACUGCUGCAGCCGCCUCCCGUACCUCUCACUGAGUGCUAUGCAGGCUCCCCACUCCUGUCCUGACUUCUUUCUGUUACUGUAAUCAACGCUCUGCUUUGCACAGCCAAGAGUUCCUGUCUGUCAGUCCUAGCGCCUUGUUGGGGUGGGGGGUGCACUCCUUUAUUUUAGUAAAGGAAAAAAAUCCCUUUUUAACAUUUCUAAGACUUUUGUUGUAAUUUUGAAGAAUGUGCUAAUGGUAUAUUACAGCCAAAGGCAUUCUGAUGAAAUAUAUAUUUAUCAGUUGAAAUUUUCCUAGUCCUAGAAAUUAAGAUGUAUGCAAUAAUUAAAGCCAACAGUUGAUUUUCUUUGCUAG